AUGCACGGGCGACUUGCUGUUAAUUCGCAAUCCUUCAACAACUCCGUAAUCGAAGCUCUAAAUCGUUGUGACGAAUUGGAAACUCAACUUCAGGGUUUUGAAUCUUGGAUUGACCUGCCAAUUAUUAAUCCAUCGGAUCCUUCUGCCAAUUUCGACGAGGUGUCUGACGAUGCACAGCGUCUCGUUGAUAUCCUACAGCAGGUUCAAUCUGCUCUUCUCUCAGCGGUUUCUAAUGAGGCGUUGAAAGAUACUCUGCCGGAGUUCCAAUCUAACGCUGUUCUAAAAGCCGAGUAUCCUCCUCCGCUUCAGGGAAUCGUUCAAGGUGCAAGACCCCAGGUUUUGCAACAUUAUUAUCAGCUCCACAAUCCAGAAAUUCCUGAGUUAUCGGCGAGCAUGGAGUCACCGUCGGCCGCGUUUAUUCAGGAAGAACAGACGGCAAACCCGGAAAGUGAAGCCUCAAUCUCAGUUGGUGCUCGCAACCCAACCAUCGUCCCUCCGGCUAGUGGGCACUUGGUGCAAUCUCAGCAUCCACUUACCCCUCAAAAGCAAUCUAGAAGAGCAUAUGACGAAGUCUCUUCGUCUUACAAUCAACAUCAAGCCAUAAGCAGAACCGGCUCAGAUCCCAAUUUGGUGGGACAACCAAUGCAAAUGCACCAGGAUGCCCUUGGCAACAGACACAUGCAAGGGUCUUCACAGCAAAACAUACAACUGCCCCACACCUCGUCGGCGUACAGUUUCCGACCCAAUCCGGGAUGA